GCGAGAGAAGAGCAGGAGAGAGAAGAGCGGCGACCGGAGGCUGUUCUAACUUUGUACCGUGACGGCGACACACUAAGGGACUCGACCCCUCGUCACCGGCCGGUGUGUGUGUGUGUGUGUGUGUUGUGUGUGCUGUGGUGCGACCGCUGGAGCCCGGUACCCCCGCAGCGCGGAGGAGUGCGAUGCCCUCUGACUUCACCUCGCUGCUCUUCAGCGGGGACCUCGAGCUGACUCGUCCCGGAGCCCUCCUCCACCUCCGAGAAUCGGUGUGCGAUCUUCUACCCAGAGAGCUGCAUUUGCCUUCCUCCACUCAGCAGAACCCAAAAGUCAUGAGUCAAAAGAGUGGCGGAGAGGCAGGGCCUCCUCUUUCUGCUACUGUAGCAUCAGAUGCCAUGUCCUCUUCUAUGACCAUGGAAGGCCCCCGCAGUGCUCUUUCCAACUCUUCCAGCUCCACCAUACAUUCCAGCUCUUCAGCCAGUGACCAGAACCCAGUCCACAGCAACAAUGUUGACCAGGAGGAUGCCAGGAAUAGCCGCGUGGUACCAGAGGUUGUAGGAGCAGAGAACGGAAAUGGCAACGGCGGCGGUGGUGGUAACUGCAGGGGGAGCAGUGAACUGGGAGGUGGAAGAGGUGCAACAUCCCAGGAUCCGCAGGCACAUCACCAGAUGACCCCGUCAAAGCGCCGCACUGUAUUGAACAUCUCUCCGCCUCCGCAAGACUUGUUUGAUGACAGCCACAUGUCUUGCCAGAAUGAAGCCUCCCUGGACUCAGAGCAGAGUAACAGCAUCUGGAUGGAUGACUCUCUCUCCAACUUUAGUAUCAUGAGCAGUGUUUCCUACAAUGACAACACAGAGGUACCAAGAAAGUCCCGUAAACGUACCCCUCGACAGAGGCCUGGUCCGAAGGCUGUGCCUGCAGGGGAACCCAGCAUGGAUGUGUUUGAUGCAGACAGUGCUAAAGGCCCGCACUUUGUCUUGUCACAGUUAGGACCCGACAACAAGACAGCAUCAAAAGGAAGCUCUGACAAUCCUAAGGCAGCUAACCAUAAAGGGGGGACGCUUUCGAUGCAAUACCCACCGAAGAGUGAGAGGAAGGAGCUGAAGAUCCAGGUCCAACCUGAGACUCAGCACCGAGCCCGCUAUCUUACUGAAGGCAGCAGAGGGUCAGUGAAGGACCGCACGCAGCAAAGCUUCCCUACUGUAAAGCUGGAGGGUGUGAACGAGCCAGUGAUUUUACAAGUGUUUGUGGGCAACGAUACCGGGCGUGUGAAGCCUCAUGGGUUUUACCAAGCGUGCAGGGUGACCGGCCGCAACACCACAGCCUGCAAGGAGGUGGACAUUGACGGCACAACUGUCAUUGAGGUGUCCCUUGAUCCAAGCACCAACAUGACACUAGCGGUGGACUGUGUCGGGAUCCUGAAGCUCCGUAACGCUGAUGUCGAGGCUCGUAUUGGCGUCGCUGGGUCCAAGAAGAAGAGCACACGCGCUCGCCUUGUGUUUCGGGUCAACAUCCCCCGUUCAGACGGAUCAGUGCUCAUACUCCAGACUCCCUCAUCUCCAAUCCUGUGUACACAACCUGCAGGGGUGCCUGAAAUCUUAAAAAAAUCACUGCACAGUUGUUCAGUGAGGGGCGGAGAAGAAGUCUUCAUCAUCGGCAAAAACUUUCUUAAAGACACCAAAGUCAUAUUUCAUGAGAAUGUUUCAGAUGAGAACUCGUGGAUGGCUGAGGCUGAAAUCGACAUGGAGCUGUUUCACCAGAAUCACUUGAUAGUGAAGGUUCCUCCAUACCAGAAUCAAGCCGUCACCUCGGCAGUGUAUGUGGGAGUCUAUGUGGUGACGAAUGCUGGGAGAUCACAUGAUGUUCAGCCUUUUACUUACACUCCAGAUACAGGACAACAUGAUGUUCCUGUGAAGAAAGAGAUGCUUUCUCCAGUGAAGACUUGUACUUUUGAUGAACAAAUUAAAGUUCUGGAUGGUGCUCUGAUGCCCUCGAUGUUGCCUUUAGUGAAAAGAGAAGACGUCACUCCAAUGGAAGUGACAAGCAACCUUCAAUCUUCUGGCGUAUAUAAGCAGACUGGUGAUCUGUGUCAAGCCCAGCAGAACCCAGACAUGACUGCAGGACAUCUAAAUAAAAAUAGACCCUUCUCCAACAACUUGUCUCAGGCUGCAGCUGACCCUGACAAAGCUCAGGCUUCUGUUUUUACCAACACUGAGCCCCUGAGCACCAUCCAGAAUCAGGACAUUGCUCCCACCAGCUCAUUUCCUGUGCCUACAGACUCUCUGCUCCAGCAGGGUUCCCAGCAGUUCCUCCUGGAGCCAAGAGAGGGCCUCGGCCAGGAGAGACCGGGCAGUGGCUCUGGAGGUGUGGGGAGGCUGUGUGGAGAACCUACUCCCCAGCAGCAGCAGCAGCAGCUGCCAAUGUUCCCUCUAGAUGAGGUGGCCCAGCUUGAAGAGGCAGUGAGACAACUUAAAGCCAAAGGGUACUGCAACUUACCUCUUCAGUCUGACAACUCCAUGGUCAAACAGCAGCAGCACAUGCAGCACCAACAGCAGAUCCAAAAACAGCAAAUCCAGCAGCAACAACAGCAACAAAUGCAUCAGCAGCAGCAGGUGCUGGAGAAUUUACAGCAGCAUCUGUUUCAGUCACAGAUUCAGAUGCAGUGUGGCAUGUUUCAGGACGCCACCCAGGGCAAGAACUCAGAACAGCAGAGCUCAUCACAAGGAGUGGUGCCAAACCCAGGAUCUCUCUUUCAGCAUCCGCAGCAGCAGCAGCAGCAGCAGCAACAGCAACAGCAACAGCAGCAACAAGCAGCUAUCUUUCAACAGGCAAACCUACUUUCCAUUCAGACCAACUUCCUCCAGCAAACACCCUCUCACCCUUCACCACCCAUGUUCCACAACCCCAGCUCUCUUACUGAAACACAAGAUCCACAGGGAGCCCUAUUUCAGAAGGCUUCUCAGGAGCAGGUCCAGGCUGCUCUCUUUCAAAACACCAUGACAGUACUGCAGGCCCCAGAGCAACAGCCCACAACCCCUGGACUUUUCCUCCCCCAGUCCUCCCUGCCCACUCAGCUCACAACCAGCAAUUCUCAACAACAACAGCAGCAACAACAGAAGCAGCAGCAGCUGGUCUUCCUCAGUGCCCUACAGUCCCCUGCCCCUGAACCACAAUCAGUAUUUCAGGCUCAGACCCAGCUCUCCCCCAUCCAGCAGAGGAGUCCCAUGGAGCAGCAGCCGCCCUCCCAGCCUCAGACCCACGCACAGCCAACCCAGCAAGCUCCCUUAUUCCAGAACAUCUCUCCACAUCCACCUGCAAACACACUCUCUCCAGGCCAGCAGCAGCAGCAGCAGCAGACUGGCCUCCUGUUCUGCAACAACACUAUGUCCACGCCAGACCAGGCCUCCAGCCUCCUGUUCAACAGCCAGGGCCAGAUGCCUCCUCUGACCAGCAGCAGUCUGGUUUCUCAAGAGCCCCAAAACUCCUCUCUGCUGUUUUCACAAUCCAAUCUGGUGACGGUAAACCAGCAGGAUCGCUCUGAGCCAAUGGCCUUGGGGAACCCCACCCAUCCACGACAACAAGUCAUGUUUCAGGAGCAGCAGCCGAUGCAGCUGGGUGGCAGCUCAAACAGCCGACAGGAGCCUCCUGUGGGCCUCUUCAUGCCUCAGUCCAACAUGGCCUCUCUGCAGGGGGGACUGGCUCAAGAGCUCGCACAGUCAGCCAUGUUCGCUCCACAGAACGGCGUGGCGAACCAUCAGACGACCACCCCCUCCCCUGUUCAACAGUCAGGACCGCUCUUUCAGACGACCGUGAGUGGGGGCAUCAAUCAGCCAAGCCAGCCUCAACAACCUGGCCUGUUCCUCUUUGGCAUUCAGAACGGAUGUGGCCAGUUGAUGAACACUCCUGGAAACACACUGUCGGAUCAGAUCAUAGCCAUCAGCCAGUCUGGUCAGAACCAAAGAGAGAGUGAUGCUCGUAUCCAGUCUCUGCUCAAUCAGUCCCUGUCUCAGUCUGGGACUGUGCAGAACAGCAUGUCCGCCUCGCAGAACAUGGAGAAGAUCGACGACCUGCUGGUCAGCCUGCAGGAGUCCGGCAGCAACUUAAGUCGUUCAUAUUAACCUCUGUACUUCAUUCUUUUACUGAUAUUGUGUAUGGGAAAUUAGAUACAGUUAUACUUAUAUGAAUAUGUUUUGACAAACAGCAUAAUGUGAGUCACCAAAUGUUUUUUCUAGCCUACUCACAUAUAAUUGAGUCUUCAUUAGGAAAGAAACUGUGAAGCAUUGUCAAGUGCUGGCGGCUGUGCUGAGAGCAGCUGUUAUUAAACCUAUGGCAUAAUACGUUGCCUAAAGCAAACUGGAGAAAUUAAUAUCGAGACAGUGAACUAGAAAUUUGUGUUGGACUUUCUUGGCCGAGCAGUUGGACCAAGAGAGGCGAAUAUCUCUUAAUAACCUUAAAGACUGACUGACUCCCCAAUGUUAAAUCAUGCAUGUGAAAACUGAGGUGGACUGUAGAUGAGAACUGUGAGAAAAUUUGUCGUAACUGUCUGAUUACGAUGAAGGUGAUGAUGAGGCAGGUGAAAUUUAGCCCAAAUUUUCAUUCAUAUAUCUUGUGAAUUUUUGUUGAUAUCCGUAAGUAGAUUGUGAGUCGUGUUGUUGGUUGUCGUGGUGUUUUCUUAAGUGUUCUCCAAAGUGUUUGGUGGUUUCCGUGAAUAGUGUUCCCUUUAAUACUUUUUCGUAGUUUUGUUGUUGUUGCAUGGAGGGUGGAGCGCGUGGUACGGUAGGAGUGUCUGGACAGACUGUGGUAUGAACGGUUGAAUACAUCAUAGAUGUCGAAGGUAUAGUCACUGUUGACAGGGUUUGGAAUUAUUAACAGUGCGGCAAGUGAACCAAGAGAAGGUGAGAGGGGAAGAGUGGAGGAAGGUAACUGAGAAGUCGAAAAAUUGCAAUGAAUAGAAACAUUUCCUUAUGUCUUAUGUGAUGUGUAGCCACAAACAUGUGUCUUUCAUGUAUGUCUUUGCUUGUUAUUUCAGUGUUGCAGCAGAUAGCUGACGAUAUGAAUGAGUUCACUUUAGCUUUUUCUGAAAGGCCACAAAGUGACGUAGGUUUUCAUUGAUGAUGUGAUAAAGACAGAAACUGCAUUCAGUCUGUGUCUUUAAAAAAGUAAAGAUCUUUAAAAACAAAUAAACCCGACUAAUAAAGUUUAGGCCUGUUUGGUACAGUAAUAAAAAAAAAGAAUAUUUGUCAUAGAGCGAGUAGUGGUCAGUAACAUGAUCAUCAGGAGCUCUAAAGCAUAUCUUUCUAUAUUAGAUAUUUCGCCGUCACCACAGUGUACAGAUAGCACUUUGUAAUGUAGUAUAAAUGAACAGGCUAACAUUUAGUCUGUAUUCAUCAAAACCAAACUGUGUCAGUUUGAUUCUUUUUACAGCUUAGUCACCUUUGAAUACAUUAGGAAGAAAUAACUCUUUUAAGAAACUGUAGUGGUAGAAAUGUAACAAAUAAAGGCUGAUAUGUUUGUUUUUUACAUGUAUAUUCAGCACUUUACGAUGCUGUGACAACUUUACUCAUCCAGGGUACACUACAGUCCCACAAGAGGUGGCUUUCCUUCUUUUUUAUCUCAGCCGCCUCUUCCUCAUUGUUUACAGUGAAGAAGAUACAUUUCCCAUGUGUUUGCAUAGCAACGCUCAUGUAGUCGGGCAAACUCAACAAACAUAUUUCCACUCUUUUGAGAUGCUAUAAUACAGUUGGAUACAUAUAUUUCACAUAAUACAGUUAAAUACAACAUCUAAUUUCCAGCCAUGUUACAACUACUACUUUUCAUUCCCAAAACCUAGUGCGUUAUUUUUUUCUGGAGGGAAAAAAACUGCUUAGAAAUCUGGACAACUGAGGAAAGAUGUGGUUCAAGACAUUUUUAUUUUAAUGACUCUUAUUUAAAUACAUGCAUCUGCAGUAGAGAGAGAGUAGAAUGUAAUAAAGUAUAUUAAUAUAAUUUUUUUGUCAUAAGGGUAGGAUCGUUUUGUGUUGUAGUGUAAUUUUGCGUCAGGCACGCAUGAACUGGAGUAGUAUUCUUAAACCAGCUAGAGAAGAGCCUUUUUACCCGUUUUAUUCAAGUGAUGGAUUCAGCUGAAUGUUGAGGAGAAGCAAUCGUUUGUCGGCUACAACUGUACAUUAUAUUUCUCACCUGGAUGGACGUAUUAACAUGCAGUAACAGAGCCCUUUUUCUAUGUGUUCCUUUAACUGGAAAGUCUGCAGAUCUAAUGUUGGCCUGUGGACUCAGGACCAAAGUUUGACUCCAAUCUUGCUUUGCAUGAAUCCUGAUGACAGGCCAGUUUUUUCCUACUUGCAAUUAAACUUUUAAGGAAAUCAUAGACAGCCUAUUCUUUUCCCUCCUAAAGAUACAGAUAUCAUUGACGUCACACCUUUCUCUGUUUAUUGUGUUGUGUUAUGUGUGGUUUUACUGUACGUGUGUGCAUGAACAAGGGGCUGGUCUCUACUGACGACCCAAUGGGCUCUAGUUGAAUGCCUUGUCUCAUUUUUCUCUGCAGAGUUUGUCAGAAACUUAGAAACACAGUUACAUUUUAUACACUUUUCAAUCAGUUUGUUGUUUUUUGUGACAGAUAAGAUAUAAACUUGACUGAUGUGAUUUGUGGAACUACAAUGUGUUGGUUUGAGCAGUUAGACAGUGUUUUUUAAAGGGACCCUACUCCUGAAGGAAACCUGACUUUGGAGAAAAGAGCUAUCUGUGAUUGGCUUACUUCAACUUGUGAAGUAGAAGAAUUGAGAUCUCCAGUGUUGAAUAUUUAUGAUUAUAUUUGUUUAACAGUUUUCUUUUUCUUUUUUUUGUUGUAGACCUUUUCCUCGUUUUGGAGAAUCUAAUUUAUUUGUGUGUUGGUUAUUAUCUAAAUUGUUUCCCGUAAUCCUAGUUCUGAAUGUACUGAUGAGCCCCCACAAUAAUAUACAUUCCUGUGCACAGUUACACGUUAAUGAACAUAUCAUGUGACUUUUAAUUGGCCCUUAAUUUCUGCUUUAACCACGAAGUUAAAAGCAGAGAAAAAUUGCACAGAACUUCAGUUUUUUAAAGAAAUCUUAAAAAUAGGAGCAACAAAUUUCAGUAUUUUUACAAUGAUUAUAAUUCUGAUUGUGAUUAUAAAGUGUGGCUGUAGACGCCUCACUUGAGAUCCAGAAUGUUCUUUUGUACACACACUGGGGAGGUAAUUACUUUUUUGUAAUUACAGUUUCCUCGUUUGUUUAUUUACAAUGUAACUGUAGAUCAGAAAAACAUGAGUGUUUCUCUUCAUACAGUCUUUACUAAUUGUAUGUAAAAGAGCAGGAUUGUUGAUAAAGGUUCUCACUUUUUCCAAGACGCUACAAACUAACUCUGUGUUUUCCUGCAAUAGAACAAGAUGUGGCUUGCUAUUAACAUUACCAGUUCAUUUAAUAUCACCAAACUGAAAUUUGCUAUCACAGGUAUUUCACCCCCCCCCCCUAAAAUGUCACUUUAGACACGAAUAUAAGCUGUACAUGUGCCUUGAGGAGAUGUCGUAGUAUCAACCAGAUGUUUCACCGUUGGCCCUGUAGGGCGGUGUCGAUUAGUCCUCAUUAACUAGAAUGUUUAAGCCAUAAGACUUUAAGUGUGCUUAAAAUGCUCAACAACAGUGACCAGAGAAGUGUGGUUGUGGUUGAUACAUGUGUUGUGCAAUUCCUGUCAUGCGUCUAAUUUGUUUGUACUGAAGUAUCCAUUGCAUUUAUGUUACACAACGUAGAUGCAGACAAACUUUUUCUCUGAAACUGCUAUGCAGCUAAUAUACUGUAAAUGUAGAUCUGUUAGUUUUUGAAUAUAUAUAUUUUUUUCUAUAUAUGGCCUCUCCUGAGAAACCAAAAUAGAUGUUCUUUCUAUUAUUUAUGUUGCUUGUUGAAAUGUUUUCUGAUGCUUUAAGUGCCGCCUGAAACCAAUUAGAAAUCUUUUAGUCAGUUGAAAUGUAAAUUUCUCUCUCUUUCUUUGAUUCAAGGGUCACUAAUUGUCUUUUUCAUUACAUUGUUGCUAGUACAGUUAAUGUGAUGGUUUGUGUUAAAUCCAGGCCUGUUGGUUAAUGGUGUAGUGGUUACUCGUCUUUACGAUUUAUCUCAGGGCCUUGGAGAUACCAGGAUUCUUAUUCUGACCAAUAACAUCAAUGCAUGAUGGUUUUAUGUGUCUUUUAAUUACACAUUCUGCAAAGCAAUAUUCACUGUAAUUUAUCCCGACUUAGUCUGACAUUGGAAUUUUCAAAAAAUGUGCCUCUUUUGUAAUAUCUUUAAAGUCUGUUCACUCUUAACACAAAAGAACCACUUUACCAAUAAACAGCUUCUAUAGUCCUGGAAAUAACGAGGGGGAAAUUUAGUCUUUUUGUUUCUAACAAUGUGAACAAUCUUCUGAUAAUCACCCUGGGGAGAAAACAAUCUUUCUAUAUAUUUGGCUUUUGUUGGGACAUUUGUUUUUCUUGCAGAUACAUUUUUGUAAACUUGCUGCUAUCUAUAUUAAACAUAUACACGUUCAA